AAAAGGAAAAAGAAAAGAAAAAAAAACAUUCUAUCAUGAUUCGAGUUCCGAAAAUUUUUGCUUUAGUUCCAAAAAGCCUUCGAAAAAUAGUCGAUUUAAAUGUGAGAUGUCUUGCAACACAAGGAAGUAAAGAAUCCCAAUCGUUUACAAUGAAUAUGUUUCGAGGACAAUUGCAAACGAACCAAGUCUUUCCUUAUCCAAAGCCUUUGAAUGAAGAGCAGGAAGAAAUUUUAAACAUGCUAGUUGAUCCAAUGGAAACAUUUUUUAAGGAAGUUAAUAAUCCAUUUAAAAAUGAUGAAAAUGCUUCAAUCGAUAAAGAUACGUUAAAAUCUCUUUGGGAUCUUGGUGCAUUUGGUAUUCAGGUCCCUCAAGACCUUGGUGGUCUUGGUCUUAAUAAUACUCAAUAUGCAAGAUUAGUUGAAAUUGUUGGCUAUAAUGAUUUAGGAGUAGGUAUCACAUUGGGUGCUCAUCAAAGUAUUGGUUUCAAGGGAAUACUUCUAUUUGGAACGCCAGAACAAAAGAAAAAGUAUUUACCUAGAGUUACUAGUGGUAGUGUUGCUGCUUUUUGUCUCACCGAACCUAGUUGUGGGUCAGAUGCUGGUGCAGUUCGCUCUAAAGCUAUAAAAUCUACCGACGGUUCACAUUAUAUUCUCAAUGGUAGUAAAAUUUGGAUUUCAAAUGGAGGAUUGGCUGAAAUCAUGACAGUUUUUGCACAAGUGCCAAUAAAAGAUCCAAUAACUGGGGAAACUAAAGACAAAGUAACUGCAUUCAUUGUUGAAAGAGCAUUUGGUGGAGUGACUAACGGACCGCCAGAAAAUAAAAUGGGAAUAAAAUGCAGUAAUACGACAGAAGUAUAUUAUGAAGAUGUUAAAAUUCCAGCUGAAAAUCUAUUAGGAGGGGAAGGACAAGGGUUUAAAGUUGCAAUGCAAAUUUUAAAUAAUGGACGAUUUGGUAUGGGAGCUGCUCUGUCUGGAACAAUGCAAAGUUGUAUAAAAAAAGCUACUGAACAUGCUGUACAGCGAGUACAAUUUGGCCGUACAAUAAAUAAUUAUGGAACGAUACAAGAAAAACUUGCUCGUAUGUCAAUGUUACAAUACAUCACACAAUCCGUAGCAUAUAUGGUUUCUGGUAAUAUGGAUACAGGUAGUCAAGACUAUCAUUUAGAAGCUGCUAUUUCAAAGGUAUUCGCAUCAGAAUCUGCUUGGUGGGUAUGCGAUGAAGCAAUUCAAAUUCUUGGUGGAAUGGGAUUCAUGAAAGCGACUGGGCUUGAAAGAGUAUUACGUGAUCUUAGAAUUUUCAGAAUUUUUGAGGGGACCAAUGACAUUCUUAGACUUUUUAUUGCAUUAACUGGCAUUCAGUAUGCAGGAAGUCAUUUAAAAGAAUUACAAAAGGCUUUCAAAAAUCCUACAGCUAAUUUAGGUUUAAUAGCUGAAGAAGUAUCAAGAAGAGCAACACGAGUCAUUGGCUUGAAUUCACCAAGCAUAGCACAUUUGGUUCAUCCAAGCCUUGCGGACUCUGCUGAUCUAUGUGUUAAAAGUGUUGAAUCUUUUGGUUCGGUAAUUGAAUCAAUUCUUGUUAAGUAUGGAAAAGGAAUUGUGGACGAGCAAUUUAUUCUCAAUAGGCUUGCACAAGCUGCAAUCGAUACAUACACAAUGGCUGCUGUCUUAAGUAGAGCAAGCGCAUCUCUUACUAACAAUGUUUCAAGCGCUGAACAUGAACUUCUAAUGGCUCAAGUGUGGUGUACAGAGGCUUCUAGUCGUGUGGCUGAAAAUUUGAAAGCUGUUGGUACUACCAAGAAUUUGGAUGUGUACACAAAAUUAAGUAAAAUAUCCCGAAAUAUUUGUGACGUAGGAGGAGUCGUUCAAAAAAAUCCUCUCGGUUUUUAAUGUUAAAUUAAAUUUUUUUUCUCAAUUUUUACAAUACUGUAAUAUUAAAAUAUGUAUUUUAAGAACUAGUUAAAUGAUAUUGCAGUAUUGGCAACUUAAGAAGUAAACCAUAAUUGUGAUAUGAUUACUUUAAUCAAACUGUAA